AUGACUGUCUCAGGGCCGCCGCAGCUCCCACCUUUGACACCAGAGGCGCAUAGAUGGCAGACUGUCAAAACCAAGCCGCGCCGCGUUCAGCGUCGGAGCGUCGGAGCCGAGGCAAUUGUCGGGCUGGAAGCGCAAAACUCAAAGGGUCAAUAUGAUUUGUACAUGGUUGCCACUCUUCAGUCAUCAGUGGCAUCGACAGCUUCCUCGACGGUCCUCACGCUGUCGCAUUUGAAGGAAAAGUUUGAGCUGGCUCUGCUCACCGCUCGCUUUCAGCACCCCGAGUGCGCGGCUACUGUGUCGUGGGAUGAUCAGGUGCCAGCCAUCAUUUCCUACGAACCGCCUGAAAGCGACAAGGUCGCCCUUGCCUGGGCGAAAAACUGCGUCCACGUCCGAUUAACGGCGAAAAGCGCAUACGAUGUCUGGGCCGAGUUGGAGGAGGAAAGGUCUGCGAGUAAUUGCACCACACCAUCCAAGUCUUUUGAGGUGUUUUUGAUUGCCAACAUUGAGCAUCAGGACGCCGAAAUUCCAGCGAGGGCUUGUGUUGAUGUCCUGAUUCACAGUAACCAUCUAUUUUGGGACGGCAUCAGCUCCCGAAUGUUUGUCGGAGAGCUUUUCCGCAGCUUAAAUGACUUGCUCGGCUGUCCGACCGGACAGCAGCCGCCAACGUUCGAUUGGGGAGAAGAGGUCAAGAAUCUUAGCCCAGCCAUCUUCGAUUGCUUGUGUCUUGAUGUUGAAGCCUUGGGAACAGAGUUUGAUGACAAGUGCAAAGAGUAUACGGCUGCGCUUGUCGGUAAUUAUGGCAGCCGAGGUCUUCCUUUUACUCCCGGGCUCGGAUUUCCACGUUGCGAGCUCAUCACACUCAGCGCCGAGAAAUCCAAGGCAAUUAUCAAAACCAUAAAGACCCGACUCGGUCCCGAAUACACUAUCACGCACCUUGCACAAGCUGCUAUCGUGCUCGCUCUGCUGGACACGCUCAAACCCGACGACCUAACUGACGACGAGUUUUUUGUGACACCAACUUCAGUGGACGGACGGCGGUGGAUGGAAAAGGAAGUAGCCAACAGAUUUUAUCCAAUGUGCCAGACCGCUGCUGUCGUUCGAGUUGAUCAUCUCAAGUCAAUUCACGUUAGCCACGAGGACGCGAAGGAGACACAAAUCGAGGCACUGGAACAUGCGUGCAGAGAUGUCAAGGCAUCUUACGACCGAUGGCUGAAGAACCCGUAUCAACUGGCCCUCGGCCUCAGAGUGCACAACUUUGAAGCAAAUUAUUUGAAAGCGGGCGUCCGACUAGACAGCUGGAGAGAUGCCUCGACAGUGAGCAUCAUUUAUAAUGAAGCCCACUACACCCAAGCAGUGGUACAGGCAUUUCUCAAGUCCGUCAUCGAUUUCAUGCUAGCUUUUAUCGAAUCAUCUGGGACUCUAUAA